CCGUAAGCACCUGGGAUUGCCUAUACAGUGUUGAUCAUAAUGGGUAAAGCUUCCAGUGAAGCCGCGUGUUGGACACGACGUUUGCCAAAUCGGCCGUGUAAUAUCAAUAUCGCGACGAGCGUCCGCCACAAACCUCGCGACACGGACAUCUAACCUGAUCAUCUACUAUCUUGGACAUCCAUUCUAACUCAUUCUUCGGCUGAAACAACACAUCGCAAUGGCUCCACCAGUGCACUUCUUCUCGCAUGGCUCAACAAUGAUGCUGGGCGAGGAAUCCCAAUCCGCCACCUACUGGAAAGCCUGCGGCGACGAAGCUCUCUCCCACGGCUUCAAAGGCGUAAUAAUGAUGGGCGCGCAUUGGGACGCCCGCGGCGUAAACCGCAUCGACGUAGCCAUGAACCCCAAGCCCAUCAAAUCCCCCGUCGCCUACGUCCACCCCCGCAAAUACAAAGAGUACGAACUCGUUCCCGAUCUCGAGAGCGGAAAGAAGUGCAUAGCAGCGCUGAGGGAAAAGGGCAUCGAUGCGCGACCGAACGAGACCUUUGACUGGAUCCACGACACGUACUUGAUUCUCAUUAGGAUGUUUCCUGAGAAAUGUCCACCAACGACUCUCAUCAGUAUGAACUCGAGGUUCGACCCACAUCUGCACGCGCGUGUGGGUAACAUCUUGGCCAAGUUCCGCGAUGAGGGCUACCUUAUCAUCGGCACGGGUGGCGCGGUCCACAACCUAUACAGGAAUCACUGGGCACAGAUGCUGAGAUACUCGGACAACUUUGCGCAGCCCUACCCACCAGAGGCUCCGAUGCUGGAGUUUCGCCAGAGCGUCGAGGAUGUCUUUGUUCGUUGCUGUAGGAAGGACGCGAAGAAGGGCAGUCUGACUCGUGGGAUUACAAGGUUGAUGAAACAUCCCAUGUACAGGGAUGCGCAUGCCACGGACGAUCAUUAUAUGGCGGCGUGCUUUGUGGCUGGGGUUGUUGAUGGGAGCAAGAGGGAUGGGGACGAGUGUGUGCUUGGGGCUGAGGAUUGGGAGUUGGUCAACAUGUGCAACAGCCAGUUUACUGUUGGAAGAUGGGAGUGAAAGUUUGAGUUGUAUAUAUAUAUCCAGUUCCUUCUUGUUGCGUUCAUGAUUAUUAUGAUAUUGUCUCUCCUAACAAGUUUGCGAUCUCACAUCCUGCCCCACUUGCAGACUUGAAUCAGCGCUGUUCUUCAUCAUUAGUGUUCCGUAUCGUGUGGCUAUGCUUAUGCAAGUUAUGAU